CGGCGAAACAUGUAACGGAGCUCGGACUUUUUCGCCGCAUUUACUAUCAAAUUGAAUACACGGUCACAUGACGGACGCCGAUAACGACGCGCCUUUAGUUAACAAAAAAUUACACGGACUUUCAAGACAUCGACACUCCAAUUCUACAAUAUUUGAACCUGUAUUCACGUACAGGAUGAACAACAAACCUGUCGAACAAGCAUUGGGUACGCUGUUGCCGACCCACGCCGAUGACCUGCCUCAAGAGCUCCGCAGUUUGGCCUUAUCUCUUGUCGCGCAAUCUCGCAGCUUUUCUACUAGCCUAAGGCCAGAGGAAGAAAUCGCACGCCCUUAUGCUUGUGCCGAGAUCGCCUGCCGCCGGUGUGUUUAGCGUCCUAUCCCUGUCAUUGAGCCAUUUCCUAAUUAAUUGGUACACUGACUAGCUGGUUGUGUUUAGGCUAACUCGGGCCCUCAAACUCCCCCCUUUGAUGGGCCAUCCGCCAUGUCCUCCGCGUGCUUACAAAAAGCUCUAUGCAUUCCUUGAUCGCUCCCUUUCGAAUAGUGUAGCUGGAGUAAAGCGUGCAGGGAGCAGCUCUAUCUCAGAAACACCUUCACGCGCCGGGUCCGCUUCGUCCACCCCUAGGAAAAGUUCGAAGCAUACCCGGACGCCUCCGAAAACUGCAGCAACGCCGCAUAAACUCCAGAACACUACGAGCAAAUCCACGCCAUUAAAGAAGGCUAUCACACACGAAGAAAGCGAAGCUCGCUCUCAAACGCCCCAGAAGUCUAAAGUCCUCUCUCAUGGCCUUCCUGGCUCUACGAUUAUUCCCGAUGCACCUGCCUGGGUGAUGACGUCUAUUCGAAGCGUGUGUAAAACUUUAUCUACUCCAGCUCCACGGACGAGUACAUGGUCCCGGCCUCCAAUAUCAAGAAGCUUGCCGCCCCAUGUCUUUGCGGGUGUAUCAUCCAUCCUGUAUUUCAUUUCUCGAGUUUCCGCUAAGGAUGAGGAUGAUUUCGACGAAGAAACCCUGGAGUUCUUGGAGCCUAUCCUGAUUGUGAAAGAUAAAGAGAAUGAUGAAGAUUAUAAAGAGGUCGUCAACGCUCUGGUGGUAGCCGUGUAUUUUCUGGCUCUCGCCCGCAGACGAAGCCCAUUAUCCGAAGGGGAAGGGGAAACAAAGAAGCUCGACAAAAAGACAUUUUCUGAGAUGCGCCAGACUGCAUUAGUGAGCAUUGGUCUCCCUCCAACCGAGAGAAGACAUCGUGAGGAUGUCGACCAGUGGAUCGCAGUAAUAAUGCAGCAACGCUGGGCCAAUGGAAAGGAAUGGUUUGAAAACAUCCCACAGGCUGGAGAACUGGCCGGGGAUGAUGCAUAUCUUUCCGAUGAGGACGGCUACGGCGAGUAUGAAGAAAGAGGUAAAGACGCCAAACGGCAAAAGAUAACGAAAUCGGGUCGCUCCCUAGCCAAGCACUCAUCCAGGAAGGGCCUUCUGCCGGGCCUUGGUACCAUGAUGCAGGAUCGUGUUGAUUGGUUAAGCGACGAUCGCAAAGAAGACUACCUUGAGUGGAAGGCAGCAGUCCUAGCGAGAAUUGAGCAAAUACAAAAGACUGCCUCGCAGAAUCUCGGCGUCUUACCCGUCUAAUAUACACUUCUUCCGAAUAACGGUUUUUGAGGAUAUGAGUUAUUGAAGGCGAUUGUCGUUCUUGUUUUCUUAUUAUAUCAACGUAUUUUGGACUGCUUCGUCAUCAAUGCCUCCGUUCUACCCCAUGUAUCAUUAGAGCUUGCUAUUUGUAUUAUAGAGUUCCUAUACCCAAACAGUCUUGAUGUGUUUUAUCUAUAUGAAAACCCCGAUAACAUUCCAUUUACCCCUAGCUCUUGCUCAAUCUUCAACUUGAAGCACCGUUUUUUGUAGGAUUCUUCCAAGACUGCCAACUGUUUCUAGGGGCGUUAUUUGGAUUCGCCAGCUAUCCCAUGGCACGAGAGAACCCCCUUCUGAUUGACCUCUAUCAAAUACUUCCCGCCUUGGAGCGCCUCGUCUAUAACCCUCAAUCAGAAAAUAGUCCAUAUACAUCAGACAGACCACUUACACAGGUUAUAAAACACAGGACCCGUCCACGAAGCCGUAGCUGGGUUCACAUAGGUCUUCUCAUCGUCACGCACGUUCGCGCAG